GAGCACGGAACUAUAAAAUAAACAACUGCGCCAAAUUCUCGGGUCGGAGGAUAGUUGGAAGACGAAGGAAAGCGAUUGGAGCAACCUGUGUAGCAGCCAUGAACAAGCUUCUCCUCAGCCUACUGCUUGUGAGCACCGGUCUGAUUCUUCUGGGAAUCAGCGAUACAUGCUCUGCUGCCUGGCUCAGCCGAAGUCGGGUUGCACGAUCCGACAGCGACAGCAGCGACAGCAGCGACAGCAGCGACAGCAGCGAUAGCAGUGAUAGUGCAUCAGAGCAAUCGUCGGACAGCGCUUCCCAGCAGUCCGAGAGUGUGGAAAGCGAUGACAGCCAAAGCUCCGAAUCCGACUCUGAUUCCGCCUCGCAGGAGGAAUGUUUCCUGACGCAGACCUGCGCGGUGGACAACAACGUCCUGGCCAGCACACAACCCAUGGCCUUCGCCUUGAUUAGCAGUCUGUUGGUGGGUAGCGUUACUCCGGCUAGGUUUGCCACUAUCGUCGAGUCCACCAGGACUCUUGUGGAGCAAGCAAACGCUGUGGCUGCCGGUGGCCUUGCUAGUAACCAGAAUUGCGUUGCGGAAUUGAGUGCAAUUGACGGAUCACCGGUGCGUAUCCUAUCCCGUGAACUGGGCUUUGAAGUGGAGCUUGUAGCGACAGACGGUCGGCAACUAAACUUGAAUCCUGGUCCAAUUGAGUUCAGGGAUCUGUCCGUAGCAUUCGUCUUCAACAAUCUCCCCGCUUCGUUCGGCACACUGCAGCUGGACUUUAACAUUGAUGCAGAUGGCAAUGCUGUUGAUCCACCGGUGCCGCGUUUCCGCACAGCUGAGGGCGAAGUGUUCGACCUGACUCUGUCGCGUGAGGUCUGUACUCUGGGCGAGCCGCUGGUGUGUGGAAUCCCCAUGCCAACACCUCCAGCAGUUGGCGUUCCAGUGCUUCCUGAAGCAGCUGCCAUUGACGUGGGUCUGGCUGCACUGAGUAUUACGGCCGACCAGUGUCCACCAUAGGAGCAGGCAAUCCGGCGUCCAGACAGACCGCUGUCAAGACACCAGUGUAAUCAAGAAUCUUCCAUAGCGCUUUAGAUCAAUUUUCAACAGGCUUGUAAAGAUGAUUGCAACAAUUACAUGAACUCACAUGAUGCACGCACACACGCACACACACGCACACACACGCGCGCAUGCACCCACCCACACACACACACACACACACACACACACACACACACACACACACACACACACACACGUAGUCUGCGGCAAUAUGUUAGUAUUUUAGUUUGCUGUUUUUUUUUUUUUUUUUUUUUUUUUUUUUUUUUUUUU